GCCAUUCUCCCUCUCCCGGCCCAACUCCCUGCAAGCCCGAAAGAUGCCGCUCCCCCGCGUACCGCUCCGCCUCGUGCCGCCGCCGCCGCCGCACGCCGGCGCGGCCGUCCUCCGCCGUCUCCUUCGCGGCCUCUUUACAACGGAAGCGCCCCUUCCCUCCCCCCUCUCCCCGUCCGAGCUCGACACCAUCUCCGCGCUCAUCCCGCGGCUCAUCUCCGAGGGCCAGGUCCCCGCCGCCGGCCGCCUCCUCUCCGCGGCGCUCCUCCUGCCCGGCUCCCCGGAGCGCCUCCCGUUCCCCCCGCUCGCCGAGCACCUCGCCUCCCUGCCCACGCUCACCCCGGCCUUCGCCCUCCUCACCGCGCUCCGCCACCACCCCGUCCGCCCCUCGCCGCUCCCGCUCGCCACCCCGCUCCUCGGCCACCUCCUCGCGAUGCGCCGCGCCCGCGAGGCCGCCUCCGUGCUCCGCUGGCUCUGCCGCCCCGACUCCCCGCUCCGGCCCGACGCCGCCACCUACGGCAUCGCCGUCGCCGGGUUCUGCAGGCUCGGGGACCCCAAGAGCGCGCUCGUCGCCCUCGGCGAGAUGGCCUCCGACGGGGUGCGGCCCUCGCAGGAGCUGCAGGAGGCGGUGCGGGACGCGAUGCUGCACGACGCGAGGAUCGAGGAGGCGUGGGCGCUGGAGGAGGCUAUGCGGCUGCCGGAGUUCAAGAAGACGGUGGAGAUGGUCGACAAGCUUCUUGGAGCGUGGGAAGACUGAUUGGCUGACUGAUUACUCAGCCAUUUUGGUGCUUCGCCGCUUUGGAUCAUGCAAAAGCCUGCAACCUCUCCUUUAAAAGAAGCUAUCGGGAGGUCUGGGUGUAAGAGCAAUGGACAACGAGUCGUCGAUGGAAGGACUGACAGCACCGAAGAUGAGCUGAAUGACAGAUGACGGAUUUGCUCCUCUGUUUGGAAUUUGGCCAUGAAAAUGUCUCACGUUAUGAUGGCUCAGCUAACAGACCCACAAGUUCAGUCAUGUGCAUGAGCAGCAAAUCAAAGAAAAUUUUCAAGAAGCUCCACUGACGUCCUGAUAAUUACCUGUGUGGGACUCGAUCAGCGGGCCGGUUGAAGCAGAUCAUACCGGCGAUAUAGAAAGCUUCAACUGGAGCACUGUGCAACGAAAAGCUUCAACCGGCGCAACAGAAAAAAGCUGCAACCGUUCACAUGAAAAGCUUCUAACGUAUAUUGAAAAGCUUCAACCAAAGACCGGCGACAACAAAAAAGUAUCGACGAGCCGAUGAUGCACACCGCGAUUUUUGGCACCCAUGUGCUGCAACGGAUGCUACAAAUCGGCAGCCUGCCAUUGCUGCAACCGGCUAUUGUGACAGCUUUACGGCAGAGUUGUAGUGGUGAUGAAUGCUAGGGAUCGGCGGGCCUUUUUUGCUGUGUCUGGCAACCCGAUUUGCUGCACAAGGCGGACCAGUGGGCACCGGUGCUGCGACUGCCAAG